GAUUCAAUCUUUGAAAUCAAAACAGGUCUUAGGUUGAAACUGUGUGGUUCGAUAAUAUGAAGACUGCAGAAAGAGAUAUAAAGGAAAAGUUAAUAAGUGCAGCUAAAAAAUGUCAACAAAAUUUCUACGAGCUGCUAAGCGAUUGGAACAGUUACGACCAAAAAAGGCCCCAGUGCCUAAAAAAUUUCAUUGGAAUUGCUCUUUUUGGACCACCAAAAAUCGACGACCUACUUGCAAACAGAUCAUUUUCUGGGAAAAAUUGGGAAGACGAAAUUUUUCCUCGCGAUCCUCACCAACAGAAAAAAAUUUCCAAUAUUUAUGAAAAGAUUAUCAGACAUGGGACCGAAAAUACAACAAAGCAGGAAAUAAUGUGUGGAAUAAUUUAUAACGUAAUUUUUGAAAUGAGAUCGAUAGAAGCUUUAAAGAAGAUUUUAGAAACUGGGAAAUGUUUCAGUGAAGAAAAUAUGGCCAGAUGUCUUCAACCCGUUCCGAUAUUUAAGGUUUUAAAAAACUCUGUGAAGAUCCAAAAUGGCAAGAGAGUCACAAAGAAAUUCGCAGUUUAUUAUAUCGAUGAUUGUGAAAGAGUUUAUAAAAACUGGAAUGAUUAUUUAGGCAGUAAUUUUUUACCUGAAUGCAUUAUGGUUUCGCCAAAAGGAGGAGAAUAUCAAGGAGAUGAUAAGAAACAAUGGUCGGGGAAAAUGUCUUACGUUUGGACCGAAAUUCAUGAAUCGCCAGCUUGUAAAACGAAAACGAUUAAUGCAAUCAGUUCUAUUAACACUUUUGUCAGUUUGGGAUGUGCUGGAGUUGGAGUUGCAGCAGUUUUUAAUCCAGUUGGGGCUACUUUUGUGGCUUUGAGUGCAGUAGGAAUGGGUCUAAGUGGAUUGUGGUCCAUGAGCAGAAGUUCACAUGAAUUAGCAGAUCGUCACCUCCACGAGCAAUCCAUCAGUAUAAAAUACAAGGAUGGAUUUUCUGGAUGGUUUGGAAUUGCAAGCAGUGCUUUAGCAGUCGUUUCAAGUGGAGGGACCAUGCUUCUCUCUCAAGCUAUCAAAAAUGGAACUUCUCUCAGCACAGUUGCAAAAUUAGCUCACGGAUCAAUUCAAAUUGGAUCCAUAGCAGCCAAUGGUGUCAAUGCUGGCUUUGCAGACUACAACAUUUACGAACCUCAUCUAGAAAGAAAAGUUUCCGCCCAAGAUGCACUUAAUCUCGUCGCCAGCUUGCUUCUCUUCAGCAACUCUGCAGUCGAUUUGAAUUUAUCCAACAGCAUACUUGAACAAAACCCCCACUUUAUUCGAGAUUUUGAACACAGUCUGAGAAGUAGUCGCCACAGAAAAGAAUUCCGUCGAAUGGUUAGAAAUAGCACCUCCUUCAUGUCCAAUUCAAAUGGCAGUCCAGAGCAAAUAAUACGUCGUAUUGCUAGAAUUUCUCACAAAGAUGUAUUUUCGACUUCUAUAAUUAGCAAUCAAAAAAAUUUCUCAUUAAAGGGAAUCGAGGUUUCCUCUUCUGAUGGCUCAAUCACCAUUGACGGAAAACCUUUAUUGAGACCUGCUGAUUUUGUAAAAAAGUUUCAGAAAAAAGUAAAUGGGAUUCAACCUAUUGCUGUGCCACUGACAAUCAAUUUUGGUACACACGAUAUCAUAUUUGAAAGAGUGUUAAAGCAUUUUCUGGCUCGAUAUGGAAACAACUUUCAGGGUUUCAAACCAACACUAAAUCAGUUUUCCCCCUUUUUGAGUGAUGUUCGCAGACUUGAGAAAUCUGAUGUGAUCUUUGCGAAGAUGCUUUUGAUUGGUGUUAAGUUAGUUUGGAGGAUAACUAAUAAGAGAUAUUUUGUGAAUAAUAUUCUUGCUGAGAUUGUAGAUUUCCUUUGGGAGUUUAUACAAGCGAAUUUUAGGGAAAGAAUUCGUCCUCUCACUAAAUCGAAGGUUUACAGAGAAUCCUUGAUGAAAGUUGUUAUCAGUGUUCACACAUCUGUGGAAAAUAAUCUGGACGACUGGAUCGAUUCAUUCAAAGAUUAUUUGAAAAUUAAAUUCAAACUGAUUAAAGAGAAAGUUGAAUGUAACAUGAAAGAGCGGAUGUACCAGCUACAUGUUUUGUAAUUAUAAUUAAUACUAAGUUUCAUUUGAUAUAUUUUAUCGCGGCAAUGACGCCAAAUUCUGUAAGAAUUUGUUGUGAUAAAGUAUUCCAUGUAAAUGGAUUUGUCUUCCUUAAAGGAAAAUUAAUAUCAAAAAGUUAUCGAAAA